UCAGAACCAUCCAGAGGACCAGGACCAGUAACGGGACCAGGACCAGUAACGGGACCAGGACCAGGAGCGGCAGCAUGUCCCGGGCCGAGGAGCGGGACGAAGCGGACUGUGUUUGCUCCGUUGGGAUGAAGCUGACCUGGGACAUCAACGACCCCAAGCUGCCUCAGGACACAAAGCAGUUCGACCCGUUCCAGGAGUGGACAGACGGUUACGUUCGGUACAUCUACAGCGCUGAGGAUAAGAACGCUCAGAGACACCUGUCUGGCUGGGCCAUGAGGAACACCAACAACCACAACUGUCAGAUCCUGAAGAAGUCGUGUUUGGGGGUUGUGGUCUGUUCCCGAGGCUGCACUCUACCGGACGGGUCCAGACUGCAGCUCCGUCCCGCCAUCUGUGACAAGGCCCGGCAGAAACAACAGAAGAAGCUGUGUCCGAGCUGCAGCGGCGCUCUGGAGCUGUUGCCCUGCCGCGGCCACAGCGGUUACCCCGUCACCAACUUCUGGAGGGUUGAUGGGAAGGCCAUCUUUUUCCAGGCUAAAGGGGUCCAUGACCAUCCCAGACCAGAAUCCAAAUCAGAGACUGAAGCCAGAAGAAGUUCAGUGAAGAGACGAGUCAGCUCGCCUCCGUUUACACCCAAGAGACGACUCCUGGAACCGCAGGCUCUUGGUCCCGCCCUCCUCUCCUGUGUCGAACCAGCAGACAGAAUCUCCUUCAUUGAGCCAAACUUCCCACAACAUUACCCAGCAUUCCAGAGCCCGGAAACCUACUACAACCCCCACAAUGCACUGGGAGAGACCCCGCCCACACUGCAGAAACCAACCAAUCCCAGGCUGUACAUGAGCCGACCUGGCUAUGAGUUCCAAGGAUACCUGACCUCACCUUCAUACCCCGUGACCUCUGACCUCUGCGACCCCAGGGUGGCUCCGGUCCUUGGCUCCUCCUCCUCAUCUUCAUCAGCGGCUCCUCUGUCCUCCUCCUCCUCCUUCGACCCGCAGACGAAGCCGCCGGCUGGUUGGAAGGACCUGCUGAAGAGCUCCGCCCCCUACGCCGACAACCACCACUACUACAGCGCAGAGUACCCCUGCCGUUACCCCAGCAACCCCCCAGGGUCACCGGCCGCACUGCAGACCAUCAUCACCACGACAACCAAGGUGUCCUACCAGCCCUGCCCAAAGCCUCCUGCAGCUCUGCCUUCCUACCAGUCGUGUCCCAAACCUCCGAGCAGCCUCCCGUCCUACCAGCCCUGUGCUCCACCCAAACCUUCAGGCCUCCCUGGCUGCUCCUCCCUGCUGGAAGACGCCUCUCCGUCCUCGUACUCCACUGAGGUGAAGGUGACAGACGAGUCAGGUGGAGUCAUCAAGUCCUUGUCAUUUCAGCCUGAACCUCUGCAGACCAAAACAGAGCGAGCUGACGGUUACGACUACCGCUAUGCUUACCCCAACACCUAUCGCUAUGACGACUACUGAUGGAGCACCGCUGUUACCGUGACUACUGAUAACAUGACUACUGUCCUCCUGCCAAAGAGACGCUGUAACCACAUGACUGUUCUGUACCUGGCACACCUACGACCUUCAAGACCAAAACCAGCUUUCAUCACUCAGCCUUCUUCAGUUCAGGACGUCUGAAACCAAAGCAGCUCCUCUUUCAGUGUCUCCAGAGCUUUCAGCCACACCUCAUGGCCUUCCUCAAACAGAGUUCAUCUGAAAUCUGCAGCAUUUCUCAUUUUAAUGACUCAUUUUCUGUUAACCCCUGAUAUUUGUAGCUGGGAAAUUUGAGUGUUUUCUGAAGGCAGACGUCAAACAAUUUCAUGCAAGAGAUUUAAAAGAAACCCUCAUUCUGAACAGCUUCUGUUACAGUUUUUUUCAACUGCUAACACGCAUUGGUUGAAACUGAAGUCACAUGUUCAAAACUCUUAACAGUUUGCAAAACAGCAGUCCAUGUGGACCGAACUGUGAAUCACUUUCAUUGCUUUCACACAAAAUGCAUUCAGUGACUGCAGUCACCAAAAUUCAUGAACUCUUUUCUCAGUUUCUAGUUCACCUCCUGCAGAACACCAGACCUUUACAGGACACUGUUCAAAUGCUAACACACUGUGUUCAAAACUGUAAAAACACAAUCAAAACAGAAUGAUGGGAAAAACACGGGGAAUUUCUGCUGCAGUCACAUUGAAAUCUGUGGAAAAUCAUUUCAAAGUAUUGAAAAUUAAAAUAAAUGAAAAGAUUAGUUAAUUACACACAGCUGAGUGUAGUAGUCAGCUGAAAACCGAUUCAGGUGAUCUGUGUUUGGCCUCAUCAGAAACCAUAAAAAGGAGACAGAAAGGUUCUACCCACAAUGCAUCAGAGAAGACAUCAGAUGUAAUGGAUGGAAACAUGAGGCCAAAUGCAGACGACUGUGAAUGUUACAGUUUACAUGUUGUUGGUUUUUGACUUUUAUCUCUUGAUUUCUAUUCUGCCCCAUGAAUUCUGAGAUUCUGCAUUUUAUUUUUGUUUACAGUAAACUUUUUAUUUCUUGUAAGGUCCCAAAGUACCGAUGCAAAGGCACAGAGAAAAUACGUAAAUGUUGUUGAAGUAAA